GAACGGUGGGGCUGCGCGCGCAGGCGGGAGAAACGGAGGUGCUUGCUGGUGAGGAGUUUCGCGCACGUCUGAAAGGACACCUGCUUGAGAUAGCAAGGACCAAGACAACUAUGGAAGAUUUUGAUGGGGACUUCUCCAGUCACAGAAAAGCCAUUAUGUCUGAAUUAUGUUGCAAUCAGAUUGCUGCAAACAUCCUGGUACAGGAUCUCAGAACCUUGGUGGCUUUUACUGACCCAGAGGAUGGAAUACUGGUUCAAACUCCAGAUGGCUUUAAACACCCUCUGAAAAACAGCUGAAAAAAAAUAUUUGGCUGCAGAAAGACCCGAGUCAAGGUAGUAUAAACAAGUAAUUACCAAGAAUGGGAGAUGAAGGUGCAGGCGAACCCUUUGUGGGUUUAGUGACUGGUGGGGCCACAGAUUAUGAAGGCAUCCUUCCCUCAGAUACAGUUUCCCUGAGUGACUCAGAUUCAGAAGAUUUUGAGUUUGCAGGCAAUGCUGAAGUUGAUGCUGAAUCCCCUGAGGAGCCCCUUUCUUCAGAUGAUGUGGAUUAUGAAUCAAAUAAGAGUGGUGACGCUUUGCACAGCAGCCAAAAAUCAUUUGUUCAGCCAUUUCAUUUGAAAGGCAUGAGUUCAAGCUUUUCACAGCGCAGCCAGAACAUUUUUGAUUGUCUGGAAGGAGCAGCCAAGCAGGCAGUGCCGUUGAUGGCUGAAGACAGUGUCAUUGAUAGAAAGUUUAAACGCCCUCUGCCGCCACCCAGCAUUUCAAACAAGAUGCCUGUGGAAAGCUUUGGAAGACAACAUGAGCCAAUUCAAUCUAAAAAAAGUUCUCCAGCAGUUCCUGAUUAUGUGGCCCAUCCAGAACGCUGGACCAAGUACAGUUUGGAGGAUGUUGCAGAAUGUAGUGAUAAUACCAACAGAUCAGUUGCUAUGGAGUUCCUGAGUGGCCUGAAGAAGGGUAGAAAGGAACAAAGCUCAACAUGUCCUGAAAAUUAUACACCAUCUUUCAACCAGGAUGCUUCUAGCUCUGGUGCAGGAAGAAUUGUCUUUACCAAACCCACAAAGGCAGGCUUAGACAGGUCAGAAAGAAAAAGAGUAGCUUCAACAGAGGAAAAGGAGGAGGCCAACAUUAUUAAUGCAAACCAAGAGGUCAAAGGAAGGCCUUUGUGUAACUUGGAUGCCCAGAAUAAAGGUGAUAUAAUGGUAGUAGAUCCCUUAGGGAGCAGAGUAAAAGAAGUGGAAGAUUGGGAGCAGCUGAAAUUAGAAGAACUAGGUCCUCAAACAGCCAACACAGGUUUUCCAGAGGUGCAUGAAGAGAAUGUGAUGGCAACCGUGGGGUUCCAUGGUAGCAAGAAAAGGAGUAGGAAACAUUUGCGAGCCAAAGCUAACCAUGAUGAAGAAGAAGACGAAUCCUAAAAGCCAGAAACAUAUUUGUCUUUUCCCAGUGAUUGCUUAUGCAAAAUAUUUUCUUCAUCAUUUGCAUGAAUUUGGGCAAUUUGUUUCCCUUAACAUGCUUGGAGCUGUGACUUAAAGUACUUGUAACUUUGCCCUUUCCAAUGAAACCCUUUCCAACAGUAAAAAUUAUGAGACAUUUUGCUUUGAGAUAGUCCAACAAUACCUGCAGAGUUUCUGCCUAUGAAGUAAGUCUCGGCUAUUAAUACCAAAACUUGUGACUAAAUAUUAGCAUCUCCAUGAACUCAUAACUGACAAAACAUGUCCUGUGGAUGAGAUGCAAGAUUUGUCUGUUUACUGUAGCUGAGGCAAAGGUUUAACCAAUAUUAUUUCACACCAUGAAUUAAGAGUACGAAAAAUGACAACUCAUAUGUUGCUUGGGUAGAGAUGAGGAGAUGUAAACAUACUAUAUGUUAAGAUCAUAGGAAAAGUUUUACAGAAUUGGAAGAGAUGAUUUCUAAAAUUAAAUAUAGCCAACAAAUCCAUACCUAGACUUGAUUGGAUCAGACUGUUGAAUUGCCACAACUUCCCUGACAACUAAAGUUUUUUUUCUCCAUUUUGAGAGCUGCUCCUAAAGUACAGGGAUUCGUAUCAGCCUAAUUGGGUUUGUGAGGAAUAAAGGAGCUUAAAAUAGGCUUUGUAGCAGAACAUCCUUUUCAUAUUUUUUGGUGUCAAUAAAACUUGGGAAUGACUGCUUCACUUGGUUCAGAAUUUUGUGUCUCUGUGUUAACAACUAGCCAUUUGUGUCAAGAGCUAACUAUAUUUCCCUCUCUACCCUUUUAUGAUACCCCUCCAUACCCUUUUUCUGUUCAUCAUACCUUUUCUGUUCACACUUUCUGCCUUUGCAUAUAAGGAAACAAGAUGUUCAUCUUUUCAUUGACUAAUGCUAACCUUUGAUGGUUAGCCACUUUAGUGGGUGAAGUAAACCCGGUCUUUAUUUAGCAACUGCAUUCUGUUCCAACGACUUGGUUGUUAAGUGAAAUGGUUGCUAGGUGAACAUGUGACAGA